AUGCACCUUAUCAGUUUGCUCCUCCCUUACCUUUUGGCUUGCGUUACAGCUAUGCCGACGCCUGGGUCCAGGGGUGAUAACAAACUCACACUUGGCCCAGUUCAGUCUUCCCCAUCGGCCGGACCGCGUGGCUCCGCUCUGCCGACCGAGGCCCAAAUGGCCUAUGAGCAGCACAAGUCGGAAUGGGAACGGGAACCGCGAUUGCCUGGGCCCAACACUGAUAACAAACUCACACUUGGCCCAGUUCGGUCUUCCCCGCUGGCCGGAUCGCACGGCUCCCCUCCGCCGACCAAGGCCGAAUUGGUCUAUGAGCAACAUCGGUCGGAAUGGGGACGGGAACAGGCCAGGCCGGGAAACAGGCCAAAUUGA